AUGCUCGGGAAGCUCAAGUCUGGCUUGCUGAAUCUGCGCACACUCGUCGGAGCGAGCAGCACGUUCGCAUGGACCGAUCUUGAAGAGCUGGCUCUUAUCGCGCAUGUCUCGACCUUCCUUGACGAGCAUGGCCAGAAGCUCGACAAAGCCUGGGCAUCACCUGCCCUAUGGACUGCAAUCCCUACGCGCAAGGCAAACGCCUGUAAGCAACGAUGGGUCCAGCUCCAUGGUAUAUUUGUCACUGCCCGCACCCUCCUUGCCUGGGAUGGCUUCUCUUGGGUAAAUGGUCACAUCACGGCGGCGUCGUCUCAAGUGUUGGCUGCUGCUCAGAAGACCAUGGCGUUCAACUAUUCCCACAUCAGGCGUCUCAGCCCGGCCCGCUACACCCAACUGGACGGGCUUGACCUCUCGGCUCUCGCGCAACACGGCCGAGACACAUCAUCCAAGCUCGUGCAGAAGACCGACGGCAGCGUCGAGAGGCGCAACAACCGUACUUUGGGCUUGUCGUACCCAUCGACAACUAUUCCAGGACUGAAUAUUGUGGAUUUCUCUCUACCAGGACUCCUCGCUGCAGCCAAGAAGCAAGGCUUCAAGCACCGCGCGGCACCCACUCGCGCCCAGCUUGCCACCCUCCUUGGCGUCUCGCUGCCCCUCAGCGAAUCGCAAGUGGUCACCAAGCUGAGAGUCAUGGCCGAGGAGCGAGGUGUGGAUUCUACAGGUGACCUCAAACAGCUCAUUGCCCGGCUCGAGCUUGCCGCAGACGAGGUUCCUGUCUGGGUUGUCCCCCCUAUCCACCCACUGCUGCCACCACCAACGGUACUGCCGCUGCCGCCGAGAUGUUGA